AUGUCGUGCGAAGAAGGGGGCUCUCACCAGUUCUCGAUGCCCAAGAAGCGGUCAUGUUGCUGUGAGUGUCUCACAGCCUCGGAUCCGACGUCACUACCGUCGUCGAGUCCCCACUUUCGCCGUCGUCGUCGUCGGUUUUACGAACCGUUCGCCACAGUACAAACUGGUGUAUCGCGUGAUGGGUUGCCAUUUUAUAGGAGCUGAUAUCAAGUCCCUGUUCUUUCAGUCAAACUAUGCUGCUGCCCAUGCUGGGCCUUCAUGUCGUGUGCCAUGUCCAACGGCAAGUCUGCUUUGAACUUGCUUUCAUGCACAUUUGCGGGGGUCGUUUCCAGGGCACAGGGUCGCAUUAGCUCCGAGAGCUUUGGCGACUUGGCCGGGUGUGCAAAUGUGGGACUACCUCCUUACCCCCUUCUCAAUUUUCAGCAGGAGCAGCGUUUACCUCAUCAGUCGGCAUGCACGGAGGCAGUGAGGAUGGCCCAGAAGUACGUGUCCCUAUUUGGUGGCGAUCCAGUCUUCCGAAUCUGGGAUCGUCGCGUCCGUAGAUCCGAACGAGGUCGCGUGAGCAGAACGAAAGCUGACGUUGAACCCGCCUUAAACGAUCAGAUGACAUGUCUCAAAUGUGGACUGACGAAGUCCGAAGCGAGGGCACUGCAAGUGAUGAAGGAUGCAGAGAAGCGAGGACUUCGAUCUAGGCGGGUUUCCUCAAGUCCCAGUCGCUGAGGCUACCCCUAUCUUUUCACCGAAGGGAUGCUGACGAGGCAUUGAUGAUUCGUACUAUAUUUACAGUAAGGGUCCAGGAUAUUUCAGCAAUCAAGGCAUGACCAUUCCGACCACAACGAUCACGACUCAACACUCUCGUGGCGAACCCGAAUUUUCUUCCCCGACCACGUCGUACCCACCUCCCUCAGCACUGAAUCGAAGUCCCGAACGAUUACGAACCGAUCGACUCACUCUACCCAGCCAUGAAGAUGCUUCUUCCCUCGGUACACCCGUUACACCUCAACGUUCACAAGAAGGGAACCCUGCCGUCGCUUGGGUUGCGAGACAGCAAGCUUAUCAGGCGCAGCAACACGAUUCGGACUAG